AUGGAAGGCGCCGAGCCACCGACUCUCCCCCCGCAGAUGUUCACGACAUCUGCGCAGCUGCUUGAUCUCACCGAUAAGAAACUACUGGUUGCGCUCCGCGAUGGGAGGAAGCUAAUUGGUGUCCUGCGAUCGUGGGAUCAGAGCACAGUUGAGCGUCUCUAUGUGAACGAUUCGUACUGCGACAUCCCGCGCGGGGUGUUUAUCGUGCGCGGCGAGAACGUGCUGUUGCUUGGGGAAAUUGACCUUGAUCGCGAGGACGAUAUACCAUUCCGGCAGGCGUCGGUCGAGGAGGUGUUUGCGGGGCAGAGACAGGCCGAUGUGGAGAAGAAGCACAGGGACAAGGUGCACAGGAAGAAGCUGCGCGCAUUGGGGUUUGAGGAUGAAGGUGAGGUGCUAGUUUAG